UCACAUGACGCCGGCCGGUGCUUACCAAGACAAUUCUUGUCUCGCGACUCGCGAAACACAACCGCGUCGAGCGUAGCACGGCCUUCACGUUUGUUACGUUCCGUGCUUUAUCGAAAAUUAUUUUCAACCAAAAACUAUUUUAACCUUAAUUAAAUUAAACAUAUUGCCACGAUUAUAUGUGUGCUGUGCUGUGUUAUACCAAAAAACAAUGUGACAUAUUUUUUAAGUGAUUGUGUGAGAUUCGUGUUUUACGUGACAUAAUUUUGUUGUUGUGAAAAGAUUUUAUUAUGGAAACCCGGCAUUACUGGGAGGAGAACGGGCAUACCGUUAAAUAUGACAGUUACAAUUCUAACGACGGCUUCGGUCGGCCAAGUGGUGAUCAGCUCAACUUCUCAGCGCGUUCAGAGGAUGAAGGAGACUACAUUGCUGGUUCGGCAGCCUACCUCAAGAAGGGAAAGGUCUCAAGGGCAAGUUACAGCAGAUUGCCCAAUCAAGAUCCAAUGUCACACCGCAUCAUCGAGAAGAGACGACGUGAUCGAAUGAACAACUGUCUCGCUGACCUCUCCCGACUCAUUCCACCUGAAUAUCUGAAGAAAGGGCGUGGCAGAGUUGAGAAGACUGAGAUAAUUGAGAUGGCCAUCCGACACCUGAAGUUCCUACAGGAUCGAGUCAAUGAAGAAUGCAUCUUCGCGGUGGCUUGUUUUGUAGCGGCUGAACGGCAAGUGGUGGAGGAUCAUUUCAAAGCGGGAUACCAGGAGGCAGUAGGGGAGGCUGUCAGGUUCCUAGUGGAGGUUCAGGGAUUCGGGCCCGCGGACGGCCUCUGCGUGCAACUGGCUUCGCAUAUGCAGAGGCAUUGUGAAGGUGUAACCAAAGGUGAGGUGUUACUACGUGAGAAAGUCCCGCGAUCCCAGGGUGGGUCAUCUUCAGAGACAGCGAGCUCGUCCGGCAGUUCCCAUGGAUACGCCAUGAAAGGGGUCAUCCAGCAUCCGGAACCACCACCAACAUUCCCCCGUGAGCCUUUUGAACCGGAAAGACAGAUAGAGGCAUAUCCUAUGGAGUGCGAAAGAGUAUCAGUGGGCCCUAUCGCGUUAGUCGACAACUCCAUUGCUGACCAACCGCUACCCCUAGACGGACGAUGCAAGCGUUCACCAACACUUCGCAAAGUGCGAAAGCCGGAACACGGGGAGGACUUUUUGCAUUCCUACAAAUUCAAGAACUCCAUAGAGAGGCGAUUUUCCCGGUCACAAGACAAUGAAGCGGCUCAGCAAAUAGCGAGACCUACGCACGCGCACAAAGUGUACAAUCACAAGAGGCGACGCGCGACCAAACCAGCUCCCUCCACUUCGACCUCGGCUUCGGGCUCCACUGAAGAUGCCAGAGAUACGUCGCCACAGGAUACUUCCAGUGAGUCACCACAUCAUCAUCAGUACGAGAAACCACUUCCUCCUACGCAGUUUGUGCCCGUCUUCGCACUAAAUGCUCUUGGUAAAUACUACGUCCCACUUAGCGUGGACUACUCAUGCUUAGCGCGACAUCUAGGUCCGUACGACGUUUUAGACGCGCGUGCCGUACAACUCUCGGCCCCACUUCAUCCUGUCACAAUACACGUCAAUUUUCAGCCUUGUCUUAAUUAUCACGUCAAACGCGAGCCCAAUGAGCGUGAUUGGAGGCCUGCGUAGAUGGCAACACUGAAUCUAUGGUUAAAUAGACUUAAGAUAUAUCAAAAUUGUUAUUCCAUAUUUAAAUAAAAGUUCUUUAAUGGAUAUAGAUAUAAACAUAUAAAUAAACCUUUGAUAUUAUAAUUAGUCUAUUGAAGUGUUGCUAUAUAAACCUUAUCUAUUGUCUAUUGUGCGUUAAGUAGUAGUGUUGGUGGCAGUCUCAUUGACCACCAUUGUUGAAAAGUGCUUUUCAAUAAAUAAGUCAUUAAAAUCGUUUAUAUCCGGUACCGAAAUUGUAUUUAAGUUUUUAUAUAUUCUAUAGUUUAUGUUCGUCCAUUCUUCAAGGAUUAAUAAAAUAACGGGCCAUAACAACACUUCGGAAUUUAAAAUGGAUGUUCUACAAAUAAAGAAAUGUCAAUUUAAUAAAAAAAAAAUAUUUUAUUAUGAACCGAUAUUGUUUAUUUAGGACAAUAAUUAUUGUCAAGUAUUCUGUCAAAGUCAAAAUUCCAGCCACGAUGGGCGGGCUCAUUAAAGGGACCAAUAUUAUGGCGACAUUUCUAGUUUUAGAUUAUUUUAUAUAUCCUUAGUAAGUUAUUUCGUAAGCGCGUUUAGGAUAUGACGUCAUCGCAAUGUAUUUCCAAAUUUAAACAUUUUAAAACAAUUCAUCGCCGGAUACAAUGGCAAUGUUGGAUUUAGACCAAAUGUACUCAAAUUAGAUAAAAACAGAAAAAUCUCUAUUUUAAUAAAUACUUAUAACAUUUUAGUUCUAAUUUUAAAAUAUAAGAUAUGUAAAUUGAACUGACAAAUUAAAGUAAGAGAUGUUUAAGAUAUACGUAGAUAUUUAUUAUAUUCUGGUGGGAGGUGAAGUUAAGACUGCGUUAGAAUUGGCAGGCGGCGUUCAGUGUUCUUAGUCUCGGCUGUGAUAUAAAGAAUGUACCUAGUCAAGUUCUCUGGUGAUGCUUGACGUAUUUUUGAACAUUAUUUAUCUGUAAGACAUAUACAUAAUUAAAAAGUCCAUUUUACAAUGUAUUCGGCGAUAAAUAUUGCACCCAUUUUUGGCUAGUUUCUAAACUAAACGAUACGAUCGUAUAUAAAAGCUCUGUAAAAUAGUCAAACGAUGUGCAUAAUUUAUUAUCGAAUACUGAAAAUUGUAAUCUAGACAUUUUUAAAUGUUACAAUAUUGUUUAUUCUCUAUAAUGCCUACAUCAAAUGUAUAGUAAUUGGUAGAGUAUUGACAAAUUGUCAUAGAUUAAAUUUGUUUUAUAUAGAUUUAUUAUAAAAAUAUAACUUGUUACUGGAAACCAUAAGUUAUCAUUUGUUGAUUGUAUACGGGUUUAUGUACUUGUUGGACCCUUAUGUAUAUAGAAGCCAUAUAAAGUUUUACAAAAAAAUAUAUUUACUAAUACAAAUGUAGACAACCAGUGACUAUAAAAUAGUUGUUAUA